UUCGUCUUUCCUUGGCUUAUCAUCCCCACCAAAGACAAAGCCUGCUACAAGUCUUCUCUUUGCCUUUGCUUUCUUUCUUUCUUUCUUUCUUUCGGGGUUUUCUUCUUCAUUUUCUAAUUUCUUUCCAACAUGGGUUGUUAGUUUCUUCUCAAUUUAGCUCAACCUUGUUGAGUUCAUUAAUAAAUACCCCAUAUUUCUCUUUGUUCCUCAACUGCGUUGAUUGUUAAUUUCCGACUCUCAGCUGAUUUUGGAGGUAGGAAACAUGGAGAAAGCAAAUUUUGCUGUGAAUGGUGGAAUCAAAUUGCCCGUUGGGUACAGGUUUCAUCCUACAGAUGAAGAGCUUCUUGUUCAUUACUUGAGAAGAAAGGCCUGUGGUGUUCCAUUACCUGCUUCUAUUAUUCCUGAGCUUGAUGUAUUCCAACAUGAUCCUUGGAGCUUGACAGGUGAUUUGAAGGAAAAGAGGUACUUCUUUGGCAGAAAAUGGGGAAAUGACAGUGAAAACAGAUGCAAGAGAGCUGCUGCUUCUGGUUACUGGAAGCCUAUUGGCAAAGACAGACAAAUUGUUGCUUCUUUGAGCAACCACGUAAUUGGAACGAGGAAAACUCUGAUUUUCUGCGAGGGGAAGCAUUCUAACGACUCUAAAACUCAAUGGAUCAUGCAUGAAUAUCGCCUUGUAGGCUUAGGAAUAAUCCCCAACCUAACCCAGGCAGCUAAGAUGAAAUUAGGAGAAUGGGUUGUCUACCGUGUGUUUCAGAGGAAAAGGAGGCCUAGAAAACAAGGGAUAAUCAUUUCUAAGCCUUCAAACACCAAUCAAACUACUCACGAGGUGAUCAGUCCAAGUUUUGUGGAGUUCACAAUGGAAGAAAGCUCUGAUAUGGGUCCUCCCCAACCAACUUCACCAUGUUCUAGUGGAAUCACUGAGGUCUAUUCUAAUGGGUUAGACGAAGAAGAAAUCAAUUCCAACGUUAGCUUUUCUUUACAUUCUUGUAUGAGGAAGACUUAAAACACUCUUCUAAGGAAAUUUACCAGAGAAUUAUGCAACAAAUUAUAUUAGAAUGGAUUGAAUGAAACCUUUUAAUUCUCUUUCAA